GGGCACGUCGCUUGUUGUUAUUGGGAUUGGGCUGGAGCGCUCGGACGGACAGUAAUUCAUUAAAAUAUGUGGUGAUAACGCGAGCUGCCGAAUUCUGAAAUUCGUGCGUUUGACGUGGGUACUAACUACUAUGCUGCCGCACAGAGACUUGUUUUGAUUCGCGCAAUUCCUGCCACACAUCACACGACCAACCCAAACACCCACCUAGUUCCUCCUCCUCAACCAGCAGCUGCUCCACCACACCAUUAGGAAAGGCAAUUAAAAAAUCAAUCAGAGGGCCCUAAUUGAAAGCUGCCUCCGUCGAAAUGUCGCCGAAGAACUGCGCGGUGUGCGGGGACAAGGCGCUGGGCUACAACUUCAAUGCUGUCACCUGUGAGAGCUGCAAGGCUUUUUUCCGGAGGAACGCUCUGGCCAAGAAGCAGUUUACCUGCCCCUUCAACCAGAACUGCGAUAUCACCGUGGUCACCCGUCGGUUCUGUCAGAAAUGCCGCCUGCGCAAGUGCUUGGACAUCGGGAUGAAGAGCGAGAACAUCAUGUCUGAGGAGGACAAGUUGAUCAAGCGCCGGAAGAUCGAGACCAACCGGGCCAAGCGACGCCUUAUGGAGAACGGCACAGAUGGAGGCGACGCCGAUGGCGGCGAUAUAGAUGACCACAAAGCCCCAGCUGACAGCAGUAGUAGCAACCUUGACCUGUACUCCGGAUCACAGGACUCACAGAGCUGCGGCUCCGCAGACAGCGGUGCAAACGGGUGCUCCGGCGGCCAGGCCAGCUCCACGGGUUCACAGGUCAACCCGCUGCAGAUGACAGCCGAAAAGAUCGUCGACCAAAUUGUAUCAGACCCAGAUCGAGCAUCACAGGCUAUCAACCGGCUGAUGCGGACCCAAAAGGAGGCUAUUUCAGUGAUGGAGAAGGUUAUCAGUUCACAAAAGGACGCCUUGAAACUGGUAUCGCACUUGAUCGACUAUCCAGGCGACGCCCUCAAGAUCAUUAGCAAGUUUAUGAACUCGCCCUUCAACGCUCUGACAGUAUUCACCAAGUUCAUGAGCUCACCUACGGACGGCGUGGAAAUUAUAUCAAAAAUAGUUGAUUCACCUGCGGAUGUUGUUGAGUUUAUGCAAAACCUGAUGCAUUCGCCGGAGGAUGCCAUUGAUAUAAUGAACAAAUUCAUGAACACGCCAGCAGAGGCGCUGCGCAUCCUAAACCGUAUCCUAAGCGGCGGUGGGGCAAACGCAGGCCAGCAGACAACAGACCGCAAACCAUUGCUGGAGAAGGAGCCAGCGGUGAAACCUCCUCCGCCGGCGGAGCGAGUUGACACCGUCAUCCAAAGCAUGCUAGGUAAUAGCCCGCCGAUUUCUCCGAACGACGCUGCCGUGGAUCUGCAGUACCACUCGCCCGCCUCUGGAGAGCAGCCCAGCACAUCGAGUAGCCAUCCUUUGCCUUACAUAGCCAACUCGCCGGACUUUGAUCUGAAGACUUUUAUGCAGACCAACUACAACGACGAGCCCAGCCUUGACAGCGACUUUAGCAUUAACUCAAUCGAGUCAGUGCUCUCCGAGGUGAUUCGCAUUGAGUAUCAGGCCUUCAAUAGCAUACAGCACGCAGCAUCGAAAGUCAAGGAGGAAAUGUCAUACAUGGGCGGCAAUCAGGCAUCCUACGGCGGAUGCAAUUCAACUGGAAACAGUAACCAGCACCUGCAGCAGCCCAUUUGCGCGCCCUCCACACAUCAGAUGGAUCGUGAACUAAACGAGGCGGAACAGAUGAAACUGCGGGAGCUGCGUCUGGCCAGUGAGGCUCUCUACGAUCCCGUGGACGAGGAUCUAAGCGCCCUGAUGAUGGGCGAUGAUCGCAUUAAGCCCGACGACACUCGCCACAACCCAAAGCUACUGCAGCUGAUCAAUCUGACGGCGGUGGCCAUCAAGCGGCUUAUCAAAAUGGCCAAGAAGAUUACAGCAUUCCGUGACAUGUGCCAGGAGGACCAGGUGGCCCUACUCAAAGGGGGCUGCACAGAAAUGAUGAUAAUGCGCUCUGUCAUGAUUUACGACGACGAUCGAGACGCCUGGAAGGUACCCCACACCAAAGAGAACAUGGGCAACAUACGCACUGACCUGCUCAAGUUCGCCGAAGGUAAUAUCUACGAGGAACACCAAAAGUUCAUCACAACAUUCGACGAGAAGUGGCGCAUGGACGAGAACAUAAUCCUGAUCAUGUGCGCCAUCGUCCUCUUUACCUCGGCACGAUCACGAGUGAUUCACAAAGACGUGAUUAGAUUGGAACAAAAUUCCUACUAUUAUCUUCUGCGAAGAUAUCUGGAGAGUGUUUAUUCUGGCUGUGAGGCGAGAGACGCGUUUAUCAAGCUAAUCCAAAAGAUUUCAGACGUGGAGCGUCUGAACAAAUUCAUUAUAAAUGUCUAUUUGAAUGUUAACCCAUCCCAGGUGGAGCCCUUGCUGCGUGAAAUAUUUGAUUUGAAAAAUCACUAAAACCGAUUCGUGUCGGGCAUUUAAUGCCGAUGUCGACGCCGAUGCCCAAUGAUUAUUGAAUCAACGAGCUCUAGUUGUUGUUGUUGAUGUCUGUUUUAUCUGUCGCUUGUAAUGUUAGAUUUUAAUCGAAUGUGAUUGUUAGAUUUGCAUAUACUGCAUAGAUUUUAUAUUUCUACAUCAAAGAGAGCAUAUUUAGGAUACCAAGUGCAAAGCAACACAAUCUAUAUGUAAUGUACACCGUUUAACUAGUUUCAAAUAAACUAAACACUGAUGCAAUAAA